AAACUGUGACUUUUGAACAGGAAGUUUCAGUGUCAUCUGUAGCAGGAGCAUUUUCAGGGGUCCUUUAAAGUCCUGCUGUGUCUCUGUGGUCCUGGUGAAAAUGUCCGCGAUAAUUCCUCGUAUCGAGCAGCUGUCGUCGAGGGUUGUUCGUGUUUUGGGCUGUAAUCCGGGGCCCAUGACACUGCAGGGCACCAACACAUACCUGGUCGGGACAGGCAAGAGGCGAGUGUUAAUUGAUGCAGGCGAGCGCUCGGUACCGGAGUAUAUUGUCAACCUGCGCGAGGCUCUGAAGCAGCAGGAGACGUCCAUACAGCACAUUAUAGUCACACACUGGCAUCACGACCACACUGGAGGAGUGCCGGAUAUACUCACAAACUUCCACACAGAUUCAGAGCUGAAGGUCAGUAAACUCCCUCGGUGUCCUCCACAGGAAGAAGCGAUUGGAGACCAAAAGAAGAAAUAUUCAUAUCUUAGUGAUGGUGAUGUGAUAGAGGCUGAAGGGGCAACAUUACGGGUGCUGUUUACUCCCGGACACACAGAUGAUCACAUGGCAUUAUUCCUGGAGGAGGAGCAAGCUGUGUUUUCAGGUGACUGUAUUCUUGGAGAGGGAACGGCUGUGUUUGAGGACCUCCAUGAUUACAUGAAGUCACUGCAGAAGCUCCUCAGCGUGAAGGCUGACCUCAUAUAUCCAGGUCAUGGUCCAGUGGUCCAAGAUGCUUGUUCUAAGAUAUGUGAGUAUAUAACUCACCGCAAUGCAAGAGAACAGCAGAUCCUAAACGUUCUGCAGGAGAACAACAGAACUGCGUUCACCUCCAGCGAACUGGUUAAAGUGGUGUACAAGGAGACCCCAGAACACCUGCACAGAGCUGCAGAGUUUAACUUGCUGCACCAUUUAAAGAAACUCCACAAGGAAGGAAAGAUCUGUCUGGCUGAAAGCUCAAAUGAAAAGAAAUGGAAGAUCAAUUUGUGAAGGUUUUUUUUACCCCACACACUCAUCACCUACAGAGACUAAUAGGGCUGUCCCUGUGAAGUGAGAUGGACUUAAGGGGACACUGGGACUAGUCACUUUUUCAAAUGUUGACCUUCUGUGAUAACCUGCUCUGAUAGGAGGCUAUUUACAUUUUUUAGCAGACCCAUUUUUCCAAAUUGCCUUAACAAAUGACCACGUUCAAAAACUAGAAUAAAUGCAACACAAAACAAUUCAUAAACUGGAAAAAAUUUAACAACCCUUGUAAUCCAGUGAAAUUUAAUUGUCCUG